UCGGAUGCAUUUGGAAUUAUGCCCAAUGCAGUCCGGAAUACCGAGUGCACGUGUGCUGCUGUUUCUAUUUACUUGUGUUGUGUGUGGGGGGGGUGGCUCUUCAUUUUUGACCUGAAUACCUCAGCGACUAAGGAUCUGCAUGUCCUCCAACUGUGCGAGUGUGUCCCCUGUGUGGUUCCGCGCACGUGGGUGUUUUCAGGCUCCCGCCUAUGAAAUAUUCAUGGUCGCAUGGUGGGAUUGGCCGCUUGGCAAAGAGCGGGCUGUCAGGGUACGGCGGAGCGAGCACUGUGUGUUCUGAAGCAGCUCGCUCGCUCUCCCUCAGCCUCCUUUUGUAUACAGUGAUGAGCGCAGGAAGAGGCAACAUGCACGCGUGACACCGCCGCCGCCGUUACCGCUCGCCUCACAGACGACAAAAAUAACCACCACAAAGAAGAAACAUUGACAUUAUCUUUUUCUGAUGUUUGGAAUGGAGGAAGACAGAGAGGACCACAUGCUGGGUCUAGAUGAAGAAGCAAUUGUUGACCAUGGAAAGUCCAGUUUCACCACUCAGACCAACUAUGAGGGAGAGGAGCUGGAGAGUCACAGAGCCGUGUACGUCGGUGUCCACGUUCCUUUCGGGAGGGGGACGAAGCGCCGGCACCGCCAUCGAGGUCACAAGCACCACAGGAAGAGGAAAGAACGAGACUCGGAGGAGGGGAAGGACGACGGCAGAGAAUCCCCGAGUUAUGACACCCCGUCCCAGAGGGUGCAGUUCAUCCUGGGUACAGAGGAUGAGGACCUGGAGCACAUGCCCCACGACCUCUUCACAGAGCUGGACGAGCUCUCCUUCAGAGAUGGAAGCGCCACUGAGUGGAGGGAGACUGCCAGGUGGCUGAAGUUCGAGGAGGAUGUGGAGGAUGGCGGCGAGAGGUGGAGUAAGCCGUACGUGGCCACGCUGUCACUGCACAGCCUGUUUGAGCUGCGCAGCUGCAUACAGAACGGCACCGUCAUGCUGGAUAUGAGGGCCAACAGCAUCGAGGAGAUCGCAGACAUGUUGAUCGAUAGCAUGGUGGCGUCUGGCCAGCUGAAGGAGGAUCUGCGCAACAAAGUUCGGGAGGCGAUGCUUAAAAAGCACCACCAUCAGAACGAGAGAAAGCUCAGCAACCGCAUCCCUCUGGUGCGCUCCAUUGCUGACAUAGGCAAGAAACAUUCUGACCCACUCUUGCUUGAAAGAAACGGAGAGGGCCUGUCCUCCUCACGUCUCUCUCUCCACAAGCCAGGGUCAGCCUCCUCUGUCUCCAACCUCUUCCAGAGACAAGACUCCAAAGUGUCCGUCCUGCUCAACCACCUCCUGCCAUCUUCCUCAAAUGGCACUGGGGUGUCCACAGGCUCCUCUCUGCUCAACACCCCUCAAAAUACUCCUUCAUCCUUUCGCCGUUCCUCUCAGAACCCGUCACAAACCCACGGCACGGGCCCCCAAGGCAUCCCGGAGGUGGUGGUGUCUCCUCCCGAGGAUGACGGCCCUCAAAACUCUGCAGAGGAGGACACAGUUUUACCACAGCUCAGCCGGCGAGCAUCUUCGGCGUCUGACAACAUUGAGCUACUGCCCUUAGAAGGACCAAUGGUGUCUCCUCAUUCUCUCCCCAACAACCUGGACGGCAACAAGGCAGUGGAGAGGAGGCCGUCUAAAGUAGGGGUCAGUAGAGAAGGCAGCAGUGUGGACUUCAGCAAGGUGGACAUGAACUUCAUGAAGAAGAUUCCUCCGGGUGCCGAGGCCUCCAACGUGUUGGUGGGAGAGGUGGACUUCCUGGAGAAGCCCAUCAUCGCAUUUGUGCGGCUGCUGCCUGCGGUCCUGAUCACGGGCCUCACGGAAGUACCUGUGCCCACAAGGUUCCUUUUCCUGCUUCUGGGUCCUCACGGUAAAGGACCGCAGUACCAUGAAAUAGGCAGAUCCAUGGCAACACUAAUGACAGAUGAGAUUUUCCAUGACGUGGCGUACAAGGCCAAAGACCGGACCGACCUCCUGUCUGGGAUUGAUGAGUUCCUGGAUCAGGUAACUGUCCUGCCGCCCGGAGAAUGGGACCCUACGAUCCGGAUCGAGCCUCCGAAGAACGUCCCGUCUCAGAUGAAGAGGAAACUCCCCCCGCAACCAAACGGCAAUGCACCCGCCGCCGGAGAGCUGGAGAAGGAGGAGGACCACCACGCCGGGCCGGAGCUGCAGAGAACGGGGAGGAUCUUUGGAGGCUUGUUUCUGGACGUCAAGCGGAAAGCCCCCUUCUACUGGAGCGACAUCAAGGACGCCUUCAGUCUGCAGUGUCUGGCCUCCGUCCUCUUCCUCUACUGUGCCUGCAUGUCCCCCGUCAUCACGUUCGGCGGGCUGCUCGGGGAGGCCACCAAAGGCAACAUAAGUGCAAUAGAGUCUCUGUUCGGGGCGUCGCUGACCGGCGUGGCGUACUCCCUCUUCGCAGGCCAGCCCCUCACCAUCCUGGGCAGCACGGGCCCCGUCUUAGUCUUUGAAAAGAUCCUCUUUAAGUUCUGCAAUGACUACCACCUGUCCUACCUGUCCCUGCGGACCAGCAUCGGGCUGUGGACGGCCUUCCUGUGUCUGCUGCUGGUCGCCACGGACGCCAGCUCGCUGGUCUGCUACAUCACCCGCUUCACCGAGGAAGCCUUCGCGGCUCUGAUCUGCAUCAUCUUCAUCUACGAGGCUUUGGAGAAGCUCUUCCACCUCGGGGAGCACUAUCCCGUCAACAUGCACAACAACCUGGACAAUCUCACCCUCUACUCGUGUCAGUGCUCCCCACCAGCUAAUGCCACCGAGCAGCUGGAGCAGCUGUGGAACCGGACGGGCUUCAACAGCUCCGACUCCAUCCCGUGGAGCAGCCUGAACGUUUCGAUGUGUAAACUGCUCCACGGGGAUUUUGUCGGCUCCGCCUGCGGUCACCAUGGACCCUACAUCCCAGAUGUUCUGUUUUGGUCCAUCAUUCUCUUCUUCACGACCUUCUUUCUGUCCUCGUUCCUCAAGCAGUUCAAGACGGACCGAUACUUCCCCACUAAGCUGCGAUCCACCAUCAGUGACUUUGCCGUCUUCCUAACCAUCAUGAUCAUGGUGAUGGUGGAUUACCUGAUGGGGAUCCCGUCUCCUAAACUCAACGUUCCGGACCGCUUUGAGCCAACUUCGAAGAACAGGGGCUGGCUGAUGGACCCUCUGGGGGGGAACCCCUGGUGGACGCUGCUGCUGGCGGCACUCCCCGCUUUGCUCUGCACCAUCCUCAUCUUCAUGGACCAGCAGAUCACCGCCGUCAUCAUCAACCGCAAAGAGCACAAACUGAAGAAAGGCUGUGGCUAUCACCUGGACCUGCUGGUGGUGGCGGUCAUGCUGGGCGUGUGCUCCAUCAUGGGGCUGCCGUGGUUCGUGGCCGCCACCGUCCUGUCCAUCUCUCACGUCAACAGCCUGAAGGUGGAGUCCGGCUGCUCCGCCCCGGGAGAGCAGCCCAAGUUCCUGGGGAUCCGGGAGCAGCGGGUCACCGGCUUCAUGAUCUUCGUCCUCAUGGGCUGUUCGGUCUUCAUGACGUCCGUGCUGAAGUUCAUCCCGAUGCCCGUUCUGUAUGGAGUCUUCCUCUACAUGGGGGCCUCGUCCCUCAAAGGAAUCCAAGUAAGACGAAGCUGCCGUCUGGGACUCUGGUCUGAAGUUCAGAACUCUGAAGCUGUUUUUGUUUUGUCUCCACAGUUCUUUGACAGAAUCAAACUCUUCGGCAUGCCGGCGAAGCACCAGCCGGACCUGAUCUACCUGCGCUACGUGCCGCUCUGGAAGGUCCACAUCUUCACGCUGAUCCAGCUCACCUGUCUGGUUCUGCUGUGGGUGAUCAAGGCGUCCGCGGCGGCCGUGGUGUUCCCCAUGAUGGUUCUGGCGCUGGUCUUCAUCCGAAAGCUUCUGGACUUUUUCUUCACAAAGAGAGAGUUGAGCUGGCUGGACGACCUGAUGCCGGAGAGCAAGAAGAAGACGGAGGACGAUAAGAAAAAGAAGGCGCGAGAAAAGCUGGAGGAAGAGUCCAGACUGCAUGAGGAAGAGGAGGCUGCGCUGAACGUCACCUAUGAAGGCUCCAACCUACUCAACAUCCCAGUGACCUCCAUGUCCGGAAGCCAGGAGAAGGUGGCCUGCGUUAGAGUGGACAUCAGCCCGGACGCCCACGGGGAGAGCUCCGCCUCCGAGACGUUCCUGUGAUCUCGGAGAAGGACGUCUUUGGGCGGGAUUGGGACGACCUCCGGACGGGAACGCCGCGUCUUUGAGGACACCUUCUGCACUUGUGGCCGACCUUCGCCAAAGAGUUUCUGCCCGUCGGCGGGAAGAGCGCGGGGGGGCGUGACCUUCCUUUGACCUCUGUUUGCUUCGAUGAUGUCAUCUCCAGCACUUCGUACGGUCGGACCGACAUUUUCAUGAUUGGAGAGUUCAUUCCCGAGCUGCUGAAGCACAAAAGCCCCAGAACCCCCCAGUGUUGCUGCUCAUGCCCCGCCCCCUCCCGUUAAUGCACUGUUCACUAUAAGACUACUCUAAAGGCCAUAGCGGUCCUGUACUGUACAGGAAGCACUUUGCCAGAAUAUCGGACAGAGCUGUUGAAACGCGACUCAGGAGUCCUUCCCGGUUUCUGCCGCUCGUCCCGAGGCAGGCGGGUCAUUUCAGCGCCGCGUAGUCCGGCGUCGGGGAACCAGAACCUCCACGGCGCCACCUAGUUGCACUUGUUUCUGAACAGUCUGUUCUCGUGACGGUUUCUGUGUGGUGCAAAGUUAUUUAGUGUUGCUAAAAGAUUUCAUGUAGAAACUUUUCUAUUGUGUCUGGAUCUAUACUCUAGAAAUGCAUCUUUAUUUUCUUAAGUGCUGUCCUGUUCUAGCAAUAAAAUAUUCCAGUUUCAUCUGGCAGAGAGAACAUUUGUGAAGAAGUCGUGUCUCGUCGCCUCCAGAGGCUCCGCCCACACUAGCAUUACUUCGUGCCUUUCGUGAAGCUCUUCGUGUGCAGGUGUUGUACUGUUGCUGAGCGCGGCGGCGGCGCCACAAACGCCGCUCGUCUACUCUUCCAUUGAAAACUCCUGCUUCUGUGUGGUCUGCCGUCACCUCCACGCCGUUAGGUUUCACCUUUACUUCUGUGUGUGUCGAUUUAUUGUGCCGUCGGUGUCAAAAAUACAGAAAUGUCUAUAUUUAUUAUAAUAUCUAUGGAGAUAAAAGUAGUAAUUUCAUUUCACUCCUGAAGAUCAAAUCGAGCGAGUAUCUACGUUGUUUGGAAGGAAUCGUUUGUUGAAUAAUAGAGACUCUAUUUUCACAGCAUCAGUGACACGUGUACAUGUGAACAAUGUAUCUGCAAUAACCAGUGAAGCUCUCGGCAUCCUGAUGGUUCGAUGGCGUCUGUCCAAACGGAAUGUUGCAAAGCAAUAAAGACGAGAACAUUA